GUGCGGAUCGCGAUUGAGCCGGGUCAGUCUCUUGGAGUCCUCGGCCGAUGUUCGAGUGAGCGUGCGUCGUGUUUUGGUCGGUUCUUGUGCGCUUAGCAUCAUCGUCGUCGUCGCCUUCGUCGGGCGAGCGGGGUGCGGUCAUGUCCUUCCGCCGGGUCCACGGGGUCCGCAAACUCCAGCCGGCCAUAUCCAGGGACGAUGCCGCCGAGUCGGAACAUUACGGGAAGAUGGUUUUCGCAUGCGGAGGGGCUAUUAUGAUCUUCUUCUUCAAUGGAGUAGUCGAAGCGCAUUCUGCUGUUUUAUUGCCAUGUCUUCAAGAGCCUGACAGUCCAAUUCAGAUUACUAAGGACCAGGAAACGUGGAUAGCAAGUCUUGGAAUAUUCGCGGCUCCCCUCUCGGCCAUUCUCUGUGGGCCAUUUGUGGAUUAUUUUGGCCGCAAAGUGGUUAUUCAGUGUUACUUUCUCACCAGUGCAUUGGGGUAUGGAAUUAUAGCCGCAGCUACCUCGGUGAUACACCUUUACAUAGGUCGAAUCCUCUGUUCCUUGGGCGUUGGGUUCGAAGUGGCAGGGAUCGUGUACAUCGCUGAGGUAUGUACGAAGCGACAGCGGAGUCUGUGCAUGUCGCUCUCAUACUCAACAUUCACCGCAGGGAUCCUGUUCACAUACGUGGUGGGCGCGGCGUUGCCCUGGAACCUUGGUUCGGCUCUGUACGCUCUGCUCUGCCUCCUGCUCUUCCUCUACGAGUGGUUCACCCCCGAGUCUCCGCCGUGGCUCGUCAAGAAGGGUCGCAGCGAUCGGGCCGUCGCCGAGCUCCAGCGACUCGGUCGCACCGAAACCGCCAUCGCUGAAGAGAUCAAGGUUCUGCGCCUGACUUGUCAAGAGGAAUCGAAUCAACGAGUGGAAUGGCAUACGUUCCUACAACCGACUGUGUGGAAACCGUUCCUUAUCAUCGCACUAUUCCACUUCCUACAGGCAGCCACGGGAAUGUAUGAUCUUCUCUACUACACAGUGGACUUCAUCGACCAACUUCGCACAGAUUACGACUCAUUUAAGGUGUCCAUGGGUCUGGCAAUCGGGCGCUUCCUGAUGACCUCGACGGUGGGUUCCUUCUUCACGACGAAGGUGCCGCGGAAACUGGCGACCGCCAUCUCGGGCUUCUCGAUGGGCGGCACCCUCCUCGUCGCCGCCUACUACGAGUACCUCUUCGACGGGGUGGCCCCCGGGCAGCGCCCCUACACCUGGGUCCCGAUCCUGGCCGUUUUCGCCUCGGUCAUGGUCUCCUGCGCCGGCGUGCUCCACCUCCCCUGGAUGAUGAGCGGCGAGGUCUUCCCGCUCAACGUCCGCGGGGCCAUGGGCGGCGCCGUCUUCUUCGUCGGCUCCUGGGCCAUGUUCGUCUUCCUCAAGUAUUACAUCUUCUUCAUGGAGACGUUCAAGGUCACGGGAACGCUCCUCUUGUGCGCCGCCGCGUCCAUCGUCACAGGUCUCUUCGGGGUCUUCGUCCUCACGGAGACGCAGAACAAGACGCUCCAGGAAGUGGAGGAUAGCUAUCGCAGGAAGCCUAGGAAGGAGAUCGACGUCGAGAAAACAGGACUUUGAAUAUCCUUAGUCUCGGACCACGCGCAUGAUUUCCGAAAUUGGUGGAAUACCUACCGCCUAGUUAGGAUGGCUAGAGUGCGAAACCAUCCAAGUAGCACAGAUUGCAAUGAGUAGCAAUUACAUUGUGAAAAUAUUGCGACUCCACUGAGUGUUGUUUAAGUUGCCUAGCUCCUAUUUGAAGGGGCCCCAUUUAUUUAAACUUAUUGCAAUAAAACGGAAAUGAGUUGCGAUUUUUCAUUGCAUUGCAUAUUGCCUAUCUUUCUGGCACAUGGAGCUGAUUUUGCUGAUUGUUUAAAAUCGGCAUAAAUCAACUAGAUGAUGUAAAAUAUUGCAAUUUAAUGGUAGAAAAAUUACAAUUUUAUUGAAAUCAAAUUGCAAUUUAAUUUCAAUAUUUUCGUUGCGCUGUGCUACUCGGGAGUAAGGAUGGCUAAAGUGCGAAACUACGUAUCUCCGUCUAUGAGGUUGCAGUCUUCUUGUCAGUGGCGUGACGUGCUUUGCGAUACAUCGAUUGAUCAACAAUUGUAAACUAUCGCAGCAAACACCUUUAUAAUCGAUUCUUUAUUACCACGGAUUCAAAUGGGGAAAUAUCGAUAAUCGAUCAUUCACGCCUCGCCACUUCUUCUUGUCAUACAUCAUGUUUUCUGUGAAAAAGUAGUUGAUGUGAUUUCUUGAAAACUUCCUUGAUUUCUUCUUCCAUGUUGAUAGAAUAUUCUUCACAAAUUUCAAGCUAUUAAGUUACGCUGUUUCUCCUCGAAAAAAUGAAAAAGGAUCAGACAUUUUGAAGCAACGCAAUGGAGAUACAAGGUUCCGCACUUUGGCCAUCGAUAUCUAGAUUUGACCUUCGUAGAUGUGGCCAAUCGUUUAUCGGAUGAAUUUGCCUUCUCGCUCGUAGGGAGGCUGGGAUCCCGAGUGACACUCCCAACUCCCAAGUUACGAUAAAAUUACAACUUGACUACAUGAUCAAAUUCACGCAACUGCCUCGGAGUGUCGUGUAUGUCUGUAGACUAAUUGAAGGGUCUCGACCUAUUGGAAAUUGCAAUAAAACUUAAAUAAGUCGCAAUAUCUCUUUGCGCUGAAAAUUGCCUAUCUUUCUGAUGAAUGGAUUUCAUUUAUUGGUCCUUUAAAAUUGACAUUUACUGACUAAAGGACGUAAAAACCUUACAAUUUUAUGAUGAAAAAUUGUUGCUAUUGAUUGAAUCGAAUUGGAAAUUUUAUUACAAUAUUUUUAUUGCCCUGUGGUGCUUGAGGUCAAAGUAAUUCUAUCCUCAAACCCUGCCACAAAUUUAAGAACGUAACUGCCAAGAUAGAGGCCUUGGGUAGGAAGGACGCGUUUUCUUGAUUGCGUUUCUGCAAAUAGGUCUGAACAUACUUUAUGAUCAGGAAUAAUCAUUAACCAAAUGUAGCAUAUCUAUUUAUAAUACCCACAUGAGUGUACGAGUAUACAGUUUAAUGCUGUCUUGAGAGGUUUUGGUAAGUGUUUAUUUGUUUCUGGCUGAGGCUCCUUUUGCCUUAUUCUCUUUAUUUGUGUCCUUAUCUAAAAAAUAUUGGCAACCCUGAACUCUUGCAUGUAGGUAUAUUUUAGAAACAUAAUAUGUAUAUAUGUUCCUAUUGACAGCUGAAUCUUGCAAGGAAUGAAAUUACAAGCGCCUAUCAUGAAAUGUAGUUCAGGAGAGCAAUGGCAGAGAACUGCUUGUGCCUAGACCCCUAGAGGGCACAUCACCAGUUAGCCUCGCCCUUUUAAUACCAUUCGCACUUAACGGCUCUUAGGUUCCAUUGGUAUUUUUGUACAAAAAUAUACACUUUUACGGACUGUAAAAACUUUUUUUAUGUUUUUAUGUAAAUUGUAAAGAGACAGUUUUUGUUAAUAAAUUCAUUAUGUGAAAUUCAAA